AUGGAGGGGAGAGAGGAUCUUUUGAAAGUCUUCCAAGCCAAUGACCUUGGCACUGGCUUCAUUCCCCAGAUCUUGUUGCGCGAUGUUCUGGUGAAGGCAGGUUGCUCGGCAAUCUGUGUGGAACAGCUUUUUGCCCUCGCAGGUGUAACAGGAGAUAGCCCUGUGCCUUACUCGAACAUCGUGGAUUGGUUGUGGUCAGUGGACACGAAGGCACCUGGCGCUUCCAUGACUCCACUGCCCCUCACAGCUGCACCUGCAGAUGGGCAAGCUGAGUUGGCCUUGCAGACCCUAGUGCUUCUCACGGCUGCAGCAUCCUGGCAGCUCAAAGGCUCUAGGGGUGAAAUGCGAGUGGAAGAGGUACCCUCGACGCCUGAGGCGUGCUUGGGCUUUUCCGUGCUCUGCGCGAAGGAACAGCCACUUAGCGAAUCUGCUGCAUUGGCAUCAGCACUGUCUGAGAGAGUGAAGGGGCUUAUCCAAAGUUCUUCCGUUGAGUUGGCCGUUUUGUCGAAGGAGGAGGCCCUGCAACUUCUUGCAGAGAACUUCACUGGAUGCGCUGCUUUUGCCGAGUCCAUUGAGAGUGGCUCGUUGGGGCUUCACAUGGUUCGCUUUCCAAAUGGCAAUGUCUUCCGCACAGUGGCGGCACAGCCUGUGGCGCUCCCCAGCUCGCUGAGAGGUGUGCCCUGGGAGAUUCGCUCGACACAAAAGGCCGGUUACUUCCAAAUCGUUGGGCCUACGGUGGCUUUGGAUGCUUUGGUGCCUGGCCGCUUUGGAAAGCUUGGAGAUGCACUGCCUUUGCAAGUUGGUGUGCAGGAGUGCAAUGAUGCGGCUGCAGCUGGCCACCAGACAAACAUGGCUCUGCAGGCUGAGACCCUGCAGAACAAUACUUUGGCUGAGCUUAGUAGCCGCAUUGCAGCCGCAGCAAGGGAGAAGUCUUGUGCCGUUGUAGUGGCAGGGCCAUCUUCAAGUGGCAAGACCACUUUCAGUGCACGUUUGGCCUUGCAUCUCCAAGCACGUGGCAUCGAAGCGACGCCUUUGGAGUGUGACAUGUAUUUCAAAGCACGUGCGGAUCCCACACAUCCACGAGAUGCAAAGGGAGAGCUUAACUUUGAAGAUCCUGAGUCUCUCCGCAUUGAAAAAAUCAAGGGAGACUUGGAGGCACUGUUGGCUGGAAAGCCAGUAGAGCUGCCCAAGUUCUGCUUCAAGACUGGGACGAUCCAGGAGAAGACCGGUAAUGUCCUGCAGCUGCCAAAGCAAGCUGUACUCGUGAUUGAAGGGAUCUUUGGGUUGCAUCCCAAAUUCCUGGCAGCAUUCGGCAAUGUCUCCCUCUUCAAAGUGCUCAUUGGACCUUGGUCCGGUGCCCGCUUAGGAAACUUGUGCAUCAUGCCGGAGAGGAAGUUUCGCCUGUUGCGGCGCAUUGGUCGAGAUGUGCGCUCACGGGGCGUUGAUGCAGCCCGAGUCAUGCAGAAGUUCACUUCAGUCUCAGCCGGAGAGCAGCUGAACAUUUUCCCCUUCGCGCAAAGCGCGGAUGUGAUUUUCGACUCCACGCUGCAUUACGAGAUUCCUGCCCUACGGGCUGUGGUGGGCACUGAUGUUGAGAACGCUCAAAGUGAUGAUGCAGAUGUGCAAUGGCGCAAAAGAGAGUUGGCCAACUAUUUGAGCUGGGCCACUCCAUGGGAGACCUCGAAGUACACGUUGCUACCCACCAGCAUUGCUUGUGAAUUCCUUGGCAGCUCAAUUUUUGAGUAG